GGAGUCUGCAGUAUUAAACCAAUGAUUUAACAUGCUAGAAAUAUAUAAUGGUAUUUAUCUAACCUUGGAUUAUAUUCAUUAAUAUUACAUGCUGUUCCGAUGAAGCUCCAUGCAGCCAUCAGCCCGGGUUUCCCAGUAUGCUGAAGAAGUCAGCCCUAUGGCCCAGCCUGUCAGGAUCACACACAGCCAGACUCAGUCAUGGCCCGAGUGAACAAGACCGCAGUGCUGGUGCUGCUCAUCACAGCCAGCUCCAUCUUCCUUCUGUUUCAGCUCUACUACUACAGACAGCAUGCCAGCAAGCAUGGACUUCAGGCACCGGGUGGUAAAGGUUACCCAACAGGCAAGGAGGCACAAUGGCAUUUAGUAAAAAGGUUUCUGGCCCUGGCCCAUAAGUUCAGUCUGCCUGUGUUUCUGAUGGACACAGCGUCUUUGAGCCUGCUUUCCCAGGAUGCCAUUCUGCUCAAGGACAGCAAGAUGAAGGAGCCUCACUGCACAUUCCUGUGCACGCACAGGGACUUUGUCACCUUUGGCUUGCUCGGAAACCUCUGGAAGUACGAUGCUGGCCUUGUGGAGGCUGCAGAGGAGCGUGGCCUGGAGCUGAUGGAGAUCAGGGGUAAAGACCCAAGGCUGGUCAGCAUGGACGAUUUGUCAGGCCGUGACAUCCCUCUGCACCUGCUGUUCCGUUUCAAUGGCUACCUGGUGCAUGUGGUCGUGCUGUAUGAACGAAGUGGGAACUACCUGUGGCACGGGCCGCUCAGACUCCGAGGCAGCAUGGACCGCACCUUUGCUUCUUUUAGGAACCUGGAGUUUGGCCGCUACGCAGGAGCCUACAAUAGACCGGAUCUUAUCCUGACCACUCUUGAUGGACUUGACGUACGGAUCCCCAAAAACUUCUCACACUUCCAGAGGGAACAUUCCAACAGCCGCUUUCUGGAGUGUAGAUAUCGAGAGGCAGCUGCCUUUUAUCAGCUGUAUCCAGAUGAUACGUCACCAGAGGCCAUGGACUUCAGGAUGAAGGCCAAGAGUCUGCUCCACCUCGCUGCUCGAGUUCUCAGUGGGGUCGAGGUUCCGUUCUGGCUUAGCAGUGGGACAUGUCUUGGUUGGUUCCGGCAGUGUAACAUUAUUCCCUACAGUAAAGACGUGGACCUGGGCAUCUGGAUCAAAGAUUACAGGCAUGAUAUCACACAGGCAUUUCAGAAGGCUGGACUUACCCUUAAACAUAAGUUUGGAAAGAUAGAAGACAGCCUUGAGCUUUCUUUCCAAGGCCUGGAUGUAAAACUGGACAUUUUUUUUUUCUAUGAGGACGGCGACAUCGUGUGGAACGGAGGCACACAGGCGAAGAGCGGCAAGAAAUUCAAGUAUGUCUUCCCCCGGUUCAGCCUGUGCUGGACAGAGUUGCUGGAGCUGAAGGUACGAGUGCCGUGCGAGACACUGGACUACGUAACUGCAAACUAUGGGCUGGACUGGAACGUUCCGGUCAAAGCAUGGGACUGGAAGAGUUCACCACCCAACGUGCAGGAGAACGGCAUUUGGCCCAUCAAGGAGUGGGAUGAUGUCAUCCAGGUCAACUGAAGCAGUUGUGAGAUAAAAUCAAAAAUAGUAUGUAGUAUAGAAAUGCCACGCCGGUAUAGAUAGGUAUUAAAAAAUAUAAAUAAAUAAAGGUUUCCAAGUGGGGAGCGCAUUUGUAUAAAAUACACUACAAGUGAGGUAUAGACCAGAGGAUAAUGCAUUUUACACUGUUUUAAAAAAAACUCCUGAUAACUGAUUAAUUUAAUCCUUAACACAGAUGCUGUGUUUUUUUUUUUUUUUUUGUUUGUUUGUUUGUUUUUUUAUGUGAAGUUGAUGCCAUGAUUUCCUGAAAGCUGUGAUGGGUCGUAUUACUGUUAGGAGUUUUCUAACCAUAUCAAUCUGAAAUAAUAAAGUUGUGAUUUUUCUCUAAAUAAAAUGGUUAAACCUGAA